UUGUAUGUUUAUUAAACCAGUUAUACCUACACGCUUUACAAUUUUGUUCUCUCAUGGUAAUGCUGUUGAUAUUGGGCAAAUGUGUUCUUUUUAUGUUUUGUUGGGGUAUCGACUUGGAUGCAAUGUUUUCGCUUAUGAUUAUUCUGGUUAUGGCCAGUCAACAGGACGUCCUUCAGAAAAGAAUCUUUAUGCAGACAUUGCAGCAGCUUUGAAAGCCUUAGAGACAAAAUGCCAAAUUCCGCCAGAACGUGUAAUUUUGUAUGGACAAAGUAUUGGGACUGUGCCAUCAGUUGACUUAGCCAGUAAAAACCCACGUGUUGCUGCACUUAUAUUACACUCUCCUCUACUUUCUGGUAUGCGUGUAGCAUUUCAUGGCAUUCAACGAACUUGGUGUUGCGAUGCUUUUCCGUCUAUUGAAAAAAUUCCACGAGUUUCUUGUCCAACGCUUGUUAUUCAUGGGACAGAGGAUGACGUUGUUGACUUUUCUCAUGGGGUGACUAUUUAUGAGCAAUGUCCAACUUCGGUCGAACCUCUUUGGGUUUCUGGUGCAGGUCAUAAUGACGUUGAAAUGCAUGCAGCAUAUCUUGAACGCCUUAGAGCAUUUAUUGAAGGAGAGGUCUCAUCCAUCCGUGAAGAUCACCAACAUAAUAAACACGAAAACUCGGAACAGAAGCAACGCAAAAAUUCGCGGUCGGCUUCUCGUUGA